CUCCCAGACUUGUUGCUGAGAAACCUUUUUGCACCUGUUUGUUAAUAGUGAAAUGGAUUUUCCAGAUUAUCUGUUAUCCAAAGGUGAAUGAAGCAAUCCUUUCCAAGAUGCCUGGAAUAUCACCCGUUCUAUCGACACCAGUAGCAGGUUCGAGGGUUUUUGUUGGAGAACACAGAAACGGCCUGUCAAAACAUAUCUUCCGAAGUUACGCUUGUGCUUUCCUGGAGGAUGAGACUGAUGAUGAGGGUUGCUCCAUAAAUCCUGUGACAGGCUCCCCGCUCACAUGUCGCCGGAGCCCGCGCCUGCUUUCUAAUGGCUAUUACAUUUUGACAGAAGACAGUUUUCUCUCUGAUGAAGAAGGCAACAUGACAUUGACACCAUCACAGACAAGUGUUACAUAUAAGGAAAAUUUGGUUCGCAUAUUCAGACGGAGGAAGAAAAUCCAUCGCUCUCUUGCCAGUUUGUUCAGUCUCAGUGCCUCUAAUUCGUGGCUCAGCAGUACAGGCCUCAGCAAUGUGGACUCUUCCCAUGGAGAURAUUCUUGGGCUGAUGGAUGCAGUAAACUAGAAGUCAGUCAGACUAAUAUUGGUGAUUCAGAUCUUUCUGAAUGUAAGGGUCCUGUAUCACAAAGACAAGAUGCAGCAGCACUAGGCAAUGGAGCCUCUCUCAGCAAAGACAAGGGGUUCAUUCAACCGAGGAAACUACUCUGUGCCUCAUUGUCCUGCCCCCUAUUUGUGACAGAUGACAACGAGGAGACUUUGAGCAGUGCAGAACCUAAGGCUGUGCAAAAUAUCCUCUCUCAAAUGGCGAUAGUGAUCAUGUGUUUAAUCAUUUCAACAUCUAUAAGAUAUUUUCUGGGAGAUUUCUCUGUGACUUUGUUGCUGAUAAUUUUGUUUUUUCUUUUGUCCCAAGAUACUGCUGUGCCAUCUUUUGCCGGUCUUGUCACAUCUUUCAAAACAACUCAGUCUGGUAAUUGGAAAGACAGAAGAAUUGUCACUGAAGAUCUUGUUAGAAGACGUGCAGAACAUAACAACUGUGAGCUAUUUUCACUGGAAGAAAUCUCUUUACAUCAGCAGGAAAUAGAAAAGCUGGAAUACCUAGACAAAUGGUGUCGAGAUUUAAAAAUUCUCUAUCUUCAAAAUAAUCUCAUUCCAAAAAUUGAAAAUGUGGGCAGGCUAAAGAAGCUCGAGUAUUUAAAUAUUGCUUUGAACAACAUUGAAAGAAUUGAAAAUCUGGAAGGCUGUGAAGAGCUGAAGAAACUUGACCUGACAGCAAAUUUUAUUGGUGAACUCUCCAGUAUUGAAGUUCUAAAAUAUAACAUACAUCUGAAGGAACUGUUUCUAGUGGGGAACCCAUGUACUGAUUUUGAAGGUUAUAGACAAUUUGUGGUGGCAACUCUUCACCAACUGGAAUCUUUGGAUAGCAAGGAGAUAGAGCGCUCUGAGAGGACUCGAGCACUUCAAGACUAUCCAGAAGUGAAGAAGAAAAUCAGAGAACAGGAAAAAGCUUACCUUCUUAAAAGAGCCAGAGAGAAAGAAGAUGCUCAAAGAAGGAUGCAAGAAAGGAAGGAGAAGAAAGAAAAUCAAAUGCAAUCUAAGUUUGGAAUUGACAGCCCAGGCUCCCUAUGUGACAGUGAAAACCAUCAAACAGAAAGAGAGCAACAAACAUGGGAAGAAAAUGAUGAUGAAGAAGACAGAAGAUUCUGGGAGGAGCCCACACCAUAUACUCCAGAAUCUAGAUUGGAAGCUCACAGAUAUAUUGAAGAAAGGAGAGCUAAAGAUAGUAAAAGGGAGUCAAAGAAGAAAGAGAAGCCACUUCGGACUUUGAUCACCGCAGAUGGAAAAGCUCUGAAUGUAAAUGAGCCUAAGCUUUAUUUCACUUUGGAAGAUGAUGAAGAAAACAACCAAUUCAUCUUGGAUCUUGCGGUUUACAGACAUCUGGACACUUCUCUGCUUGAUGUUGAUGUCCAGACAACUUACGUACGAGUACAGGUGAAGGGAAAGCUGUUUCAGCUUGUGCUCCCUGAGGAAGUGAAACCGGACAGCAGCUCUGCUAAAAGAUCACAGACAACUGGGCAUUUAGUCGUCAGCAUGCCAAAGGCUAAUGGAAUAAUCCUGGCUAGGCAAAAAGUGUCAACUUCAAUCAAAACGUCUGACAGUACAGCGCAAAAAAAUACAAGAAGCGAUGGCAUUCAUACCAGAACAAGCUAUAGUAACAGAAGUGGACAAGUUGAGAAAUUAGAAGUGGAUCCUAGUAGAUACUCAUUCCCUGAUGUGACAAAGAUAAUCCAAGAGAAGGAACGAAUUGGACAGGGACCUAUUAGUUUUCAACCAAGAAAGAUUACAGAGAAUAAGAAGAGUUAUGUUGAUGUUGAAAAUGAUGAAGAUGUUCCACCCUUAAUUUGAAAUGUUC